UUUUGACUGUUAUGUCUUUUGCGUGAGGGGAGGGAAAAUAAAAUUUGAUACUACAGAAGAGUCAAAAUUCAACAAUUUUAUCCGGUGUGCAGGAUUUUUUUGUUAUCACUAAAGCCCUUCUUCUCUUUGAGGAGGAGGGUGUUUAAUUCAGCUUUAUUUAAUUGGUUUCUGAGGAGUGUUUUGUGCAUAAACCGCCAUGUACAUUAAACAGGUCAUUAUUCAAGGCUUUCGAAGCUACAGAGAUCAAACUGUGGUCGAUCCCUUCAGCUCAAAACACAAUGUCAUCGUCGGCAGAAAUGGAUCAGGAAAGAGUAACUUCUUUUAUGCUAUACAGUUUGUACUCAGCGAUGAGUUCAGUCAUCUUCGGCCAGAGCAGCGUUUGGCUCUGCUUCAUG